CCUCCCACCUCCACACAAACACACGAUCCCAGCUAGGCUUUUUCCCUCCUAGAUUGUGUGUAAAUAUGCUAACUGUACCUCUUCGUUUCUCAUAAAGAAAUGUGAGGUCUUAUCGUUUUUACUAGCGUCUGAUGAUUGAGCCAACUUGUCUCUAGUCACCAGUUUCUUCCUGCAUCACGAGCAAAGCAAGCUGAAAGACACUGAAAAUACUUCUCACAGCAGUCGGGACAUUUAUCAGGCCCUGGAGUUUCACCAGCUUUUUCUGCAAGCAUCGACAAUGUCAACACUUCACAGAAGGAGCACCAAGAUCAACAAAUGAACACCAAGCUGCAUAUGUUUCCUCGGACAUCAAGAGUAAAACUGUCAACCGUUGGAAAAUAAAGCUUUUACUGGGCUUUAUGUCUGCUUUCAGGAGCAUGAGAUCUUCCGCAGAAUUACAUCCGUCAAUGUCUGCGGAUUCCCGUGACCAGAUUGUCUCGCAACGAGAGACGGAGUCCAGCCAUGAAGAACCAAAAGCAGUUUGGCCUAAUAAGACACAGGAGAAACCAAAGUCUGUUCAGAUUAAAGAGGAAGACAAGGAACUGUACAUCCAUCCAGAUGACCAGCAGCUAGAGAUGAAGCAAGAGACUGAGACCUCUGUGGAAAAUUCUUCAGAAGAGGAAACGGACGACAGCGAUCAGGACCAAAGUGGGAAUGAACUCCUCUCUCAGAGUCCGGUUAAAGCUGAGAACCAGGAUCCGGAAGUCUGCGGUAAAAGUUUGCUGCACUGCUGUGACAUCUGCGGGAAAGAGUUCAGAAAAAAAAAUCAUUUGACCGAUCAUAAGAGAACUCACACAGGUGAGAAACCCUUCCUGUGUGGGGUCUGUGGCAAAUGCUUUGGCCGAAAGUACGGCCUGAACAGCCACAUGAGAACUCACACGGGGGAGAAGUCGUAUUCCUGCGACGCGUGCGGUAAAGCCUUCAGCGACAACGGUCAGCUCAACACUCACGUGAGAACUCACACAGGCGAGAGGCCGUAUUCCUGCGAAUUCUGCAGUAAAAGUUUCAGUCAGAACGGCCAUCUGAAGGAUCACAUGAGAAUCCACAUAGGAAAGAAGCCUUUCCGGUGCAGGCUCUGCGGCAAAACCUUCAUGAGAAAAAACUGUCUGAAGUGUCACAUGGUCACGCACACUGGCGAGAAACCCCACAGGUGCGAGCUGUGCGGCAAAUCUUAUGGCGUUCGCGCCAAUUUGACGGCUCACAUGAAGACGCACACGGGCAACAGGCCUUUCACGUGUCUAACCUGCAAGAGAAGUUUCAUUACGAAGUCUGCCUUGAAUUGCCACAUGAGCACCCACUCGGGUGAGAAGCCUUUUUCAUGUCCGACCUGCGGGAAGAGUUUCAGAGAGAAAACCUUCAUGACGGUCCACAUGAAAACCCACACAGAGGAGAAGCCUUUCUUGUGUCCCAUGUGUGGGAAAAGAUUCAGUCAAAGAAGGUAUUUGACCAAACACAAACGGGGUCACACAGACGACAAGCCGUACACCUGCGAGGUGUGCGCCAAAGGCUUUUGCCAGAGCUGUGAUUUGAGGUCUCACAUGAGAACUCACACCGGGGAGAAGCCUUUCCCAUGUCUCACCUGUGGAAAACGUUUUGGUAAAAAGAGUAAUUUAAAUAUCCACAUGAGAACUCACACAGGUGAGAGGCCCUUUCCAUGUCUGACAUGUGGAAAAUGUUUUCGAGAAAGAACGUCUUUGAACAGACACAUGGAAACUCAACACCCCUGAGAAAGAGGUAGUUUGAGUUCUAUAUCUCUGUUGAGUUUAGCUUGAUAUUAAUAAAUCUCAGUCCAGGUUUAAAAAGUUUUUUGUAGGAGGACAAACUCUGACUAAAACCAGUGCUUUCCCCAGAUAUAAAUGUCACCAGAAAUGGCUUCACCUUGGUCAAAGAAUAUCAUCAAAAUGCUUUUUUUCAGUCAUUUAAUUUAAAAAGGAACUGUAUUAAUUAUAUAGAUUAACUCAGAUUGAUUUAUUUCAAGAGUUUUUAUUGUGUUUUUGAUGAUCAUGGCUGACAGCUAAUGCAAACCCAAAUUACCUCAGCAUUAGAUUAUUACGCAAGACCAACAAAAAAAAGAUCUUUGAGACAAAUGUUGGUUUGCUAAACUGCACAGUGUAAAUAUUUGAUUGUGGCUCGUUUUGCAUGGUUUACUACAUCAUCCUGUGUGUUAUGGAGGCAAUGAUCUUGCGGUUCUGCUGAGGUGUAAAUGAAGCCCAGGUUGCUUUAAAAGCUGCUCUCAGUUUGGUAGAUGCCCAUUACUUUCUUCUUAUAAUUACUCUCCAUGACCUUUAGAUAGGGCCUGUUUUCUGUCUAAUCAAGCUGGCAUUGGCAGUGAAAGCAUGAACCAAGUCUUGAAAAAUUAAAUCAGCCUCUUCAUGAAGCUAGUCUGCUCUUUCUGCUCCUUUUUGUACCAUGUUUUUUUCUUCCACUUAAUUUUCCAUUACAAUUUCUGGAUACAUCGUUCUGUGAGUAGCCAGCUUCUUUAGCAUUUACCUUUUGUUUCUUAACCCCUUUGUGCAGCACUGUCCUUGAGAGGCAGCUGGAAAUUUGUAAAGUAAGAAGUCUUUCCCUUUAUUGUUUGAGUCAUAACCAUGUUUAAAAACUGCUUUUUCAAGUGGUUUAUGUAAUAUGCUAAUGUAAGCCAUAAGCGCAUUAAAGAAUCACAGAAAAGAAAGCUUGAAAUAGAUCAAUCUGAGUUUAAUGGAUCAAGUUUUACUCUUUAAGUUCUAUUACUGAAAUAAAGUUUUUGAUAAUGUUCAAAUUUGUUUCAAAUCUCCUGUAUAAAUGUGUUGUAUGAAUUGUUCUCUGCAUGUUCUGGCAAUAUUUAUGUUUUGCCUUCAAAUAAAGGAGCAGCAUAUUUUGCAAAUAUUUUGGAUAAAGAGAACAGGUGGAAAAUGUCA